AUGGCUCCAAGUCCACUUCAAAUCAAAGUCAGUGCUUUGAAGAGAUUAAUCAAAGAAGAAAAAUUAUAUCAACAAGAAGUCACAGAACAAGAACAAUAUGUUGCCCAAAUGAAGGCAAACAAUGGUGAUGAAUAUGAAAUCAAGAAACAAAUUGAAGUGUUGGAAGAAUCUAAGAGAAUGGUCCCACAAGUAACUACCAAAAUUGAACAACAUAGAGAAGCUUUAAAGCAAUUUUUGGAAAGUUAUACAGGUGAUGAAGAUACAAAAGAAGCUCAAGAUUUAGUUGCUUAG